GUUCCCCGAGAAAAUCCACCACCGCCGGAGCGUCCUCGAUCCAUGCGCACUAAGUUUAGCGUCGCUAACACAUCGGUUUCGACGCUAUUUCGAGUCGCAUGGACAAACCAGUGGCAUCCUUGCUCGUGGCAUGACGGAAGUGUAUGGGGCAGAGCUGCAGCACCCCGUGUUCCAGGCACUGGACAUCACGCACAGCUUCGCCACGAUCGAAAGCUUCGAGUCGAGGAUCCGACACGCCCUAGAAUCCCCCAAGCACUCGUUCCAGACUUUUCAUGACAGUCUACAGGUGAUACCCGUCCAAGCCAUUCCAUUGCAUUUGACGAUGACGUUGCAGGACCUGUUUGCAAGCCUUCAGAAGCUCAAGAUGCAGUUCCGAUCCUUCACGGCGAAUCGAGGUCUGCACAUUGACAAUGCCACGUUUGCACGAUGGCGCGCGAAACUCGAAGACGCGCACACUGUCGAGAAGUCGUACCUUCAAACGAUCACGCAGCUGCAAACCCACGUCAUGGAGCUCCAGCACCAGAAACAAGUUGCGAAUCGAACAUUUGAAGCUGAAUUGAGGUCCAUGGAAGCGAAGAUUUCUACGCGACUGUCCACAACGGAGCUGGCCGAGUGCGAGCUCAUGUGGGAGCACGAACGAGAGAGCCUCUUGAACGCCACCGCGUCGAAGAUCGAGUCACUCGAACAGCAUGUCGAUGACCUUCAAUGUCAACUCCAUCAGACCGGCGACUCGUUAUAUCAGCGUGAACGAAGACUCAAGUAUCUCGAGCAAGUGAUCGACGACAGACCUCCGAUUCCGAUGCGCCCCGCGACACCGUCCGUCGUCGUGACAACAGGGCCGCCAAAGGUGCCCGCACCGCUGCCGAAGCCGGCGGUAGCAUCAGUGGAAGUGCAAGUGGACCUCCGAUCGCCUCCAGUUCGCCCUGCAAAGCCCAAGUCGAAUGCUGAAUUGGAUCAAGAUAUGAUCCUCCAUGAACUGGAUGCGAUUCGCAAGUUGCUGGACCGCGACAUGGUGGAAGAUAUCAGCACAAGCGGGGCAUGGGACCAAGUGCGGUCCUGUGGUGUCCUUGCCUCAGUCGUAUCGAUCAAGCAGCGCCUCGUUUCCAGUCACGCCAGGAUAAAGUUACAGAAGUUCCCGACAACACCUACAGCAGACUGUCCGUCAAACAAUCAAGUCCUUUCUGCACGUCAAAGAUCACAGCAACCAGCUACACCCGAGACGUCAUCACUGCCUCACUCGAUGCACGAUGUCUUGACGACGAAGGCCAACUUGAAGCUGACCCAACGCCCCAAGCAAUCCGUGCUCCCUACAGUCCAGAACCGAUCCAAGAGUGCGAUGAGGAGGCCACCCGUCUUUACAGACGGAUUCCCUGGCAACGGCAAGAGCGGAUCGGGCGAUAGACUCUUCAGCCUUAGCUUGGAUCAUCCAGGCGCACCGUCGCUCGCGAUUCUCAGCAGCCGCGAGCGACACCCCAGCCGCAUGUAAAUAUCGCGUUUGAUUGGCUGGACGUAUUUUAUCCGGUCGCUGCAAUCUGAUAUCCGGG